AUGGCGAGGAGGCUCCGUGCCGCCAUGGCCUUGCUGCUGUUCCAGGCCCUGCCCGAGGGGCUGCCUGCCAGCGUGGAGCCUGCCCAGGACAAGGAAACCUGCAUGGGUGUCAACAAUCAAAGUUACAUAUGUGAAACGGGCCACUGUUGUGGACAAUCCCAGUGUUGCAACUACUACUAUGAACUCUGGUGGUUUUGGCUGGUGUGGACCAUCAUCAUCAUCCUCAGCUGCUGUUGUGUUUGCCAUCACCGACGCACCAAGCAUCGUCUCCAGGCCCAACAGCGGCAACACGAGAUCAACCUGAUCGCUUACCGGGAAGCCCAUAACUAUUCAGCCCUGCCGUUUUAUUUCCGGUUUUUGCCAAAUUAUUUACUACCUCCCUAUGAGGAAGUGGUGAACCGACCGCCGACCCCCCCACCGUAUAGUGCCUUACAUCAGCAGUGCAUCCCAGCAGGCAGCAGUAGCACGAUCCCAGACACGCCAAGAAACCUGCAGCCAGCACAGAGCAGCUCAGCAGCACCCAGCGGCAAUAACAGCAGUACUGACAACACCGGGUCCCCCGGCCUUGGGGACCCCGAGCCCUCCACCACCACGCUGGUGGAGCGAGCAGUUGCCAAAAUGCAAAGCGUCGAGCCUGGCAGUACCAGCACGGGAGCCGAGCUAGUGGAGAGGGCUGGUCCUGAUAAGGAUACAGAGUGCAAGGAGGAACUACUAAAAGGUUACAGCUCUGAGAGCUUAGAGCAGAGCAGCGCCAUUCCCGACGCGAAGGACAAGACGCCGGGCAGGCAGCGCCGUUUCACUGGUGACUCGGGCAUCGAAGUCUGCGUAUGCAACCGGGGCCAUCACGACGAUGACCUCAAGGAGUUCGACGGGCUCAUCGAUGAUGCUCUGGACGGGCCUCUGGACUUCUGCGACAGCUGCAGCGGCCACCCCCACGGGGACGAGGAGGAAGGGCUUUUUAAUGCCGUGGAAGAGCAGCACCGCGAACACAGCCACCACCACCUGCCCCGGCAGCCAGUGUGUGUACUCUUGAACACAAUAAAUGAGCAGGACUCUCCAAACUCUUGUACCAAUAACUCCCCCAGCUAAGGUGGCAGAGUGGAAGGGAGAAUCGGGGGAAAAAACAAAGAAAUAAAAGUGGAAUAAGAGGAUUAAAACUUUAACAGGAGGAAAAGGUGAUACAACCUUCUUUUUUUAGUUUAUUUUUCUUUCUCCCCCUCCAAUAUAAUUCGGGGACUAGUCCUCAAAGGCCCAGCUCGCGGGGGACGGGCCGCUCUGGGUUUUGUUAAUUGUGUCAGUCCUGCUCUGCAGGGCAGGGACUGGUGUUUCUCAAUGAGACCUUCUAACAAAUGGAAUUUUCCCAAUGGUGAUUUUGGUGAUGGUUAUUAUGAGUUUGUUGGUUUUAGUUUUCUGAAACACUGCUUUAUCUCGCAAUCAGUAAAGCUCAGCAAAUCUCACCCUGGGAGGAUAUGAAAUCACCGUAAGGCUUCAACCUCCAGGUGUCUUCCCAGAAGCAAGCAGCUUCUGACAGUGCCGGCAGUCAGUAGCCCAAGAGUUCUGGUUUGAUUUAGUGCUCUUGAGGCAUUGGGGAUUUCUUUUCAUUUUAGCUUUUUUUUUUUUUUGGUGUUAAGUUUUCCUGAAGCUGAUGAAUGCCUGAACACAUCAGCCCUAUAAUCUCUGGUGCUUCAGUGUUUAAGACAGCAGGUAGGAAGUUUCCCACUUGAAGCUGGUGACUGAAGGACCAGUUUCUUCCAGAAGGAGUGUUAGUCUACCGUAAGCAGUUUGAAGAGAAAGGGUUUGCAGAAAUUUGCCUUUAUAUGUCAUUUUUAAAGACAAGUGUAUUCCUUCAAUGCCUCCAAGAGCACAGUUAGAAGUAGAAUCCAGGCAGCUGGGCUGCCUUCCAAGUACUGUGGUCUCCGAAUGACUUUUUCCCGGUGUGCUGCAAAAGGGCUUGGCUUUAUUUUUUUCCUUUUUUUUGCACCCUGAGAGCAGCACACUUGAGUUAAGAUGACAAAAAAAAAAGAACAGGGCUCUCUUUGGCCAGCGUGCCUUCAAGCUUCAGCGAUGCAUGUUGAACAAAUGGAGACGAGAGCUCCGUCUGUUGCGAAGGGAUGACUUACCAUGUAGAUGUGGAAGACCUGUGCAGUAUUUUUUUUUUUUUUUUGAUCCAAAAGUUUGGUGCGAUUCUAAUGUUGACCACUUAAAAGAAAUGAAUGUCGUUUUCUUUUUCUUUCUUUUUUUAUGGUGGCAACUGGCUACUGUAUAAUGUCUGUGAGCGUGUGUGUGUGACUGCAAUCCAUGCAUGCGAGUCCUACUGGUAAUAUGAAAGCCUGCUGUAAGACUGCAAGAAAAUUUACUGUAGCUUUGCUUUAAUAAACGGUAGAGAUUUUGUUAGUAACAACCUGAAGGAAAAAAAAAAAACAAAUCAAAGAGCUGAAACUAACAUUCCCUAGAGUGCUCGUGUGGAAGAGAGCACAGUUCAGACUAUGUAUCUGUUUCUCUUGUUCUCGGGUUUUCUCCCCGUCCCUUUUAUAAUUAUGGUCGUCCAGAUCAUUACUGUUAUGGGGAAAAAAAAAUUGAAAACUGAACGCAGACAUAUUCAGAUUUGAUUGAUUGAAAACCAAAAUCAGUUUUAAAUGAGGUGGAAACCAAAAUAUAAUGCCUUUUCUGAUAAC